GGUGAACUUCGCAAAAGUCAUUAUAUAGAGCGUAGGAGGAGGAGGAGGAGGAGGAGGAGGAGCAGGAGAAAGGGCGAAGCAGAGGGGGGAGAGCUCCAAUGUCGGGGGGAAUCGCUCGUGGUCGUCUCGCCGAGGAGCGUAAAGCGUGGCGCAAGAAUCACCCCCAUGGUUUUGUGGCGAGGCCGGAGACGUUGGCCGAUGGGUCCGUGAAUCUCAUGGUGUGGAACUGCACCAUUCCCGGUAAGCAAGGGACUGAUUGGGAUGGUGGUUAUUUUCCCCUUACCCUCCAUUUCAGUGAGGACUACCCUAGUAAACCUCCCAAGUGCAAGUUCCCUCAAGGUUUCUUCCAUCCAAAUGUCUACCCUUCUGGAACAGUGUGCCUUUCAAUUCUUAACGAGGAUAGUGGGUGGAGGCCGGCCAUUACGGUCAAACAGAUUCUUGUGGGAAUACAGGACUUACUAGAUCAGCCAAAUCCUGCUGAUCCUGCGCAGACUGAUGGCUAUCAACUUUUCAUCCAGGAUAUUGCAGAGUAUAAAAGGCGGGUUCGGCAGCAGGCCAAACAAUACCCACCAGUGCUCUCGUAGGCUGUUGAAUGUUCAAUGUUUUAUGCCGCACAUCUACAUGAGCUUCCAACUGUUUUUAUGCUAGUUUACUUGUUUCUGGUUGCACAGUAAAUACUUUGUCUGCGAAAUUGUCUUUUGCUUCAUAUGCAUGUCUACCGGUAAAGAUUGUUCAAUAGGACUAGAUUAAUUAUGGGGAGCUUUGUUAGUGUUUCUGUGUAGUGGCAUUGUCAGGACUACACUGUUGCAACAAUGCUUAUGUAAAGAUUGUUCAGCAAACUUUGAGCUUGUCCCUAUACUCUGCUUAUGUGUGAUGAGAAUUGAGAAUGACAUGACUACAAAAACCGUCGGCAUAAGACGCCCCACAUCUAAAA